AUGGCUGUAAACAUUACUGUCACAGCAGUUGUUGAAGGUAACCCGCCAGAGACGAUCAUAGCGAAUACAACAAAUGUGCGUGCUAAUGGCGUGGACGACACUUCACUUUACGACAAUUUUGCUUCUAUUUUGCCAACAGUCUAUAUUAUGAUAUGUCUUAUUGGCGUCGUAGGCAAUGGGCUAGUGAUAUUAGUCACUUUAACGCGUGCAGCCCUGAAGCACGUGCUGACAAUUUAUAUUUUGAACUUGGCUAUUGCUGAUUUGUUGUUUAUGUUAACUUUGCCUAUCAUGGCUCGAAGUGUCGCCUCGAGAACCUGGACCUAUGGCCAUAUGGUUUGCAAAUUCGUGCGAGGGUUCGACGGUAUGAAUCAAUUCACGGGGAUUUUCAUUCUGACGGCCAUGAGCGUAGACCGUUAUAUAGCAGUAGUUCACCCGAUGGCUGGCAAGCGUAUUCGAACAUUGAAACGAACAAAAAUGAUAAAUAUUUUAUUAUGGACUAUGUCGUUUUUGACCAGCCUACCCCUAUGGAUAUUUGCUACCGUCGUCGACGAUGGAAACGAGCGUCGUUCUUGUUUAGUCGAAUGGCCAAACAUGAUUAUAUCAAGAGUUUUCGUGAUAAGUGCGUUUGUUAUUGGGUUUGCGUGUCCAAUAUUAUUAAUAGCAGCGUGCUACUUUGGGCUUUGCCUUCACCUUUUCAGAAUACAGAAAUCAGCCUCGCGACUCCCAGUGGCUCCUUAUAUUCGCAAAGGGUCUCGUCAAUUAUCGAUCUUAGUAAGUGCUAUUGUUGUUUUAUUCACGAUGUGUUGGCUGCCGUUCUACAUUACCACAUUCAUCGCACUGACUCUACCGGAAGGAAGGCCAGCGUUUCCGUUUCUAGUGGGGUACGUAUUUGCCCUUUUUCUAAGUUACGUGAAUAGCUGCCUAAACCCGUUGAUUUAUUGGUGUCUCGGGGCACGCUUCAGGAAGAGCGUGAAAGGUCUGUUGGUCCCAACUAGAUCUCAUAGAGAAUGCAAGAUUAAAGUGUCGAGACUUUGA